CUAAAACACUAGCUGACGAACAAGAAAUGGGGUCGCGUACUCUCGCUAUAAAUCGGUGCUUGCUCCUUAAAAACACCUCAUGGGUUUGGAAGGUGUGCUGGAGACGAGAUUGUUACACUAACACUGUUUAAUUAGACCGUUACAGGAUGCACUGUUUCUGGGAUUAGAUUAUUGUUUGUGAUUAAAUAAUUAUGAUUAGCUAGUGGGUAUUAGGAUGGAUUUUCCUACUAAAAAGUAUGAACGUGGGAGUAACUGGUCUGAACCCGAGGUGGUGGAGCUUUUACAGCUCUGGUCGGAUGAAUCGAUCCAGCUGGAGCUGGAGAGCUGCCUCCGUAACCAGCACGUUUUUAACCGCAUCGCUGUGGCGCUGCACGACCAGGGCAUCUACCGCACCGCGGACCAGUGCCGGGAGAAAAUCAAGAAGCUGAAGCUCGACUACCGGCGCAUGAAAGAGAACCAGCAGACGCCGCGCGGCGCGAGAGCGCGCAGGUUUUACGACGUGAUAGACCGCGUGCUGAGCAGCCGUCCGGCCGCGUCUUCCUCCUCCUCCUCAUACUCAUCUGCCGUGUGGGGCAGUGCUGCCGUGCCACACCACCACCUCCACCACCAGGCGGGCCCUGGCUCCUCCAGCUCCGCCUUCACGUUCAGCUGUCCGCCCAAAGUGGGAGAGCUGAUGGAGAUAAAGCUGGAGGAGCUGAACGCAGACGGCGAGGAGGAGCUGCUGAGUGCUGAGGACCCGCUUUGCUCGGAGGAAGAGGCGGAGGAGGAGGAGGAGGAGGACUGCAAAUCAGCCGGCGCGGACACUGAGGAGCCUGUGGAGCGGGGAGGGGAGUGUGCUGCCUACGCGGCCUGGUCUCCUUCAGGUUUUAAUGACCAUACUCUGGCUGGCUCAUCUGGUGCAGGUGUUUCUCCAGUACCAGUUCCUGUGACCAGUGUAGAUAGAUCCACCCAGGCUGACCUGAAAAAUCCUAGGUAUUCCAGCAGGUUCCGUCAAAGAAAGCGACGUCGGACAGUACGAGCAGGCAGUGGUGCAAGGUUGCUAGAAAAGGCGUUGGCGAGUUUUAUAAACUGGCAGCGAGUCAUGGAGGAGAGAUAUGUCUCUCUAGAGGAAAUGAGGCUCCAUAAGGAGGCACGAGCUGAGCGGCAGAGAGAGCAACAGGAAGAUAGACGUGUUCAGCAGGAAAGGGAUCAUGAGCUGCGUCUCAUUUCCUUACUCACUGGGGCCUUCAGUUCAGCCAGAGGAACAGCAGAGCAAGGAAGCAGCAACACUGUAACCUCUGACCCCAGUGCUGCAGUGUCAGAGCUGACAUUACUCUCUGCGCCUCCGCCUUUAUCACCUGACCCUCCCACGCUCCCAGCUCUAUCCAGCAUCCAAGGAAAAAGCAACAACACAAUACUUGACUCUAAUGUAGUUAUGUCUGUGCCUCCCCAGUCGAAAUUUGUUCCCAGGACUCUGAAGGAUAAUCAGGGAGCUGAUGGAGGAAACACCAGCACCACAACCUCUGAGUGUGGUUCAACAGCAUCUGAUAUGCCGCUCAGUUCUUCAGGUCCAGGUCCUGGUGCCUCCUCACUACCCUUUAUACCCAGCCUGCUACAGGGUGAUCAAACACCCCAGCACAGCAAUUAUUUGUCCCGCAGGGGUAACAGAAUGCGGCAGCAGCAAGGAAUUUUGCAGGAUGGCUACAGACAGUACCAUGCCAACAAGUAUGAUGAGAACAGUAACCCUAAUGGUAUUAUAAAUUUUGGAACAAGUGAAAACAAGCUAUGCUUUGACCUUCUGGAGAAACGGCUGACACAGCCUGACAUGUUCUAUGUGGAUUCUUGCCUGCUGCAGUACCCGGACUGGAAGGGCCAUCGCUUCCUCAGAGAGGACGUUGCAAAGUUCCUGUCAGAACAUUGUCAUGCUCCGAAGCCUCUAAGAGCCGACAACGUGGUUGUGAUGAAUGGCUGUAGCUCUAUUUUUUCUGCUAUAGCAGCUGUGCUUUGUGAUCCUGAAGAUGCAAUCCUCAUACCGACCCCCUUUUAUGGUGCGAUCACAGAAGAUUUGGAUUUGUACAGCAGUGUGAAACUCUACUGUGUUCCUCUCGAGAGUGAACCCAGCCAAAAUGAUGACAGACAAUUUCACCUCACAGCUGAAAAACUGGAGCAUGCUCUCCAAAAAGCAAAGGAAGAGGGAGUGAAUAUAAAAGCUGUCAUCCUGGUGAACCCUCACAAUCCUCUGGGGGAGAUCUAUACCUCUGAAGAGAUGAUCAGUUUUCUAAACUGUGCUAAGAGGCAUGAGCUGCAUGCUGUUGUGGAUGAGGUCUACAUGCUGUCUGUGUUUGAUGGCACAUUUAACAGCAUCCUCAGUCUACAAAGGUUACCUGACCCUCAGAGGACUCAUGUGAUGUGGGGCAUUAGCAAGGACUUUGCCUUGUCUGGUGUGCGUGUCGGAACAGUAUACUCUGAGAACAGCGAUUUAAUUGAGGCUCUUGAUCAUCUGGGCACUUUUCAUGGAGUAGCAGGACCAACACAGCAUCAGGUGUCUCAGCUACUGAAGGAUCGAGAUUGGAUGAAUAAAGUGUUUCUCCCUGAGAAUAGAAACAGGCUGCAGGGAGCGCACCAGUACAUUUCUUCUCAGCUAAGAAAGCUCAACAUUCCUUACCUCCACAGAGGUGCAGGCUUCUUUAUCUGGGCUGACUUCAGCAAGUAUCUAAAGGAGCACACGUUUGCAGAGGAGCUGCGUCUAUGGCGGUGUUUUCUGCAACACCGGGUGUUGCUGAGCUGCGGUCAGGCCUUCAGUUGUUCUUCACCGGGAUGGUUUCGUAUCAUCUUCUCUGACCAGCACCACCGCCUCCAGCUCGGCAUAGAAAGAAUCAAAGAGACUAUAGAGGAACUUCAGUGCUCCAGCAUCCUGCAUGACAGCGAGAACAAAAACGCAGACAAACAAGCUGACAACAGACAAACUCAGAGGUAUAGGAAGACAGAGGACAAAAACAACAAAGAAGAUGCCAAGGACACAACAAUCGAGGCCUUCAAUACAACAACAAAAGGGCAUUCAGAAAAUGAUGGUGCUGUGACUGAAAGCUUGUUUUUGGCUGAUGAGGACAUUCAGGUUAACAACUACGAAGCAUUUGCUAACUCAGACAGUCUGAACUCACUAAUAGGAGCACUGCGGCAGCAGAUUCACUCUUCUGAUUGGCUAGAGAAAAACAGGCCAAAACUGUCUGAUGGAGAAGACCCAACACAAGCUGAGGUUUUCAAAGAUCUCUUGGACAGAGCCAGGAUGUAAGAGAGUGUCCAAAACAAUGGUUAUUCCCUAUCAAAAGGCAAGCAUGUUUCUUUUUUCUUAUUUCUAUAAUUGAAUGAAAUGCAAAUAGGAGAUUAUGAAAAUGUUAACAGAUGAUUUCCAUAUGGGCUGUCAAACUGUUUUCAUUACAAAGUGUUUUUUUUUCUUUUCAUGCAGCUCAAAUGCCUAGUUUUAAAGCACAUUUCUCUUUCGGUCUUCCAAAUGUCACUGUGAUGAGUUAUAAAGAUGAUUUGAGAGCUUUAAAGAAACUGUGCAACUCAUUACAUGCUGCUGAUUUGUGUAUGCGGAAUGUACUGAUGUGGAGAUGCUACAUCACGCUCAUUAGGUACAGAUUAAGCAAGAGCUAAAUCCUGCCAGUACCGUUCUUAGCAAGUUAUCCUCCGCAAACUGUUAUGCGCAAUGUAAGAGAUUAGACCACCGUUUCAAUGACAGAACGUUAAGCUAAAAGUCUGAAUUUCAUUUUAGCAUAAAUCUUUUGUAAGAUCACAUAUUAAUUAUACUCAUUUAUAUCACAAUGAAUUAUUAAAUUAUAAAAUCAUUUCAGGUGGAAUUUUACCCACUUUGCUUCAUUUUGCUCUUUCUUGUUAGUGUUAAAGCUUUCUUUGCAGCUUUUCUUUUGUUAAUAUCAUGAUGACUGACAUAUAAACUCUUCCCCAAUUGCCAUUUUAAAUAAAUAAUAAUAAAAAAAAAUUCUAUAAAAUGUUUGCUCUCUUGUUUAUUUAUUUAUUUAUUUAUUCGUAUUCGCAUGCUAAGACAGAAGUUAGUUUUAAUGCUUACGUAUGAAUUAAUUUCUGUUCCUGAAUCCUACGCACUGUACAACUAAACAACAAAGAGUAAUGCUUUCAGGUGAGUUGGAAGAUCAUACAUGGAGGUUUUUUUUUUCUUUGAGGAGUCGGUGGCAUGGUAAGCAGUGGGCUCAUCUUUCCUCUGUAGGUUACACCAUGACAUCACAGCAGCCCCUCUUCCGCCUCUGCGUAAAAAAAAAAAUCAUGAGAAAGAGAUCAGCAGUUGAUGUACAGUAUAAAAAGAAUGUUCGAGCUUCAUCGCGGGUGACAUCUCUCUUUUUACUCUUUAGUCAUUUCACUACAACUCUUUUCAGUUGAAGGAAUGAAAGGACCGGAGCUUGUAGAUUCGAUGAGUCGCUUUCGGUUUGCUGAAUCCUGCCUGGGUUUAAUGGGCUGCAUAUGCAUCAGUUAUGCUGUCUGGACCCCUGACUGGUUGGAUGGAAAAGGACUGUGGUCCAGUGGAAACGGGACGAAUCUUAUAGACAGCUGGACACAAGGUGAUACAAUCCACGGUCUAGGACCUCACAACGUGUUUGCUGCCCUUUCUUUCCUUAUGGCCGCAAGCUCGGGAAUUCUGUGUCUUGUGUUUGCAUUCUGCUGGACGUCAAAGACCGUUCUCUCUUACUCCAACACACGUUCGCUGCUGAUGGCAGGCCAGGCACUUUACCCCACCACCCUGCUGCUCAUCACACUGCUACCAACAGGGUUUUUUUUUCUCCUAAGCUGGGCGAUCUUCACUAGUCAACAUAUUGCCGAUAUUCGAGAUGACCUGACACGCCUGGGCUCCUCCUAUUGGCUGGGUGCUGUGGGCUGGGCUCUGCUGUUGGCCGUGCUGCCAGUGGUGUUCCUGGUGGAGCAGUGUGUGGUACCCGAUAUAUUGCCAGACCUAAAGAAGAAGCCUGAAUUGUGGUGGAAGGGAUUUCAGGUGGCGCACACGCGCUCAUUCAGCGACAGCUACCAGCACAGCGGUGAACACUUCAACCAAAAGUUUAAGAGAUACAUGUCUGUGCCCUGAGGGAGACAGCAGUAUCAAAUAGCAGUGCUGUUUUAAUAUUCUGCCUGUCCAGCCACCGAAAGCCUGAGUGUGUGUGUGCAGAGUCAGGUAACUAAGAGUCUUGUGUCCUUUGGACAUACGGUAGGAGGCUGCCUAAGGGUUGACUCAGCUUGAAGAUACAUUGAUUUUUUCAUUCUGGAAAACACAGAAGACUGUGGCUGAGUUAUUGCACUUUGCAAAGGACCUGUCAGAUGUAAUAGCCUGAAGAACAAAAUCAUUCAUAUUCAUUUGUAAGCAGACAUUACAAGACGGUUGCUUUCAAAGAAUUUUCUGUUUAGCUUUAUCAUGCUUAUUCAGUUCCACAAAAUGCUAAACUAAAUACACACUACUUUGAAUUAGUAAAAACUUGAUUUCUGACAUGCAAGUCAUUCAGAGUGGAUUUUGCCUUUAGGUGGAUGGUUUCUAUGUUUUUACAAUUCAUUCUGAACUCUAAAAGAUACCUCAACCAGUCUAAAUUGAAAUACUCUUUUAACUAUGUUACUUUUGUUUAGUAGGUACUAAAUAAUAUUCCUUAGCUGUAUAAUUGUAAGCAGUGGGAGUCGCACUAGUAAGCAGGGGACAUUAAGGUUUAAUGAGCUAAUUGGACUUUGGUGCUUAUAUUGGUAAUAAUAAUAAUAAUAAUAAUAAUAAUAGCUAAAAUUAAGUGAAGAAUCCAUUGAAAGUUUUUUUUUUUUUUUUUUUAUCUGGCUACAUCUUAGUACGUACUGUAGCUUGACUGGCAUGAAUGAUUUUGUGUGAUAUCAUGGUUGGGAAAUGCCAUACUGAUGCCAAAGGAUUUGUGGCACUAGCACCCUCACCUGGUCUAUAUUACAACAUUACAUGAAGCGUCUGAUUCUGUCCAGGGGGGAGAGGGCGUGAAAAAUAUCAACUAUUGUUAUAUGCAAUAAGCAGAUGUUUUUUUGCUGAUAAAUGGUUUAUUGUAGGAAUUUAUUCUUUUGUAAUAAUUAUAGAGCUUUUUGUAAUUCUAAACUCAACAAAUAAACACAUAUACCCAGUG